CUCUCGGGCGCACGCGCCCGGGUGGCGCUUGCGCAGAAGGACAAGGAAAUUGGUUCCCCCUGCGGUCCCAGCGCCUGCGCGCUGCGGGCUCUGGGCCUCCCGGCCUGAGGGAGAGGAGCCGGGAAGAUGGCGGCUGUGGUGGAAAAUGUAGUGAAGCUGCUUGGGGAGCAGUAUUACAAAGAUGCCAUGGAGCAGUGCCACAAUUACAAUGCCCGCCUCUGUGCUGAGCGCAGUGUACGCCUGCCUUUCUUGGACUCACAGACGGGGGUAGCCCAGAGUAACUGUUAUAUCUGGAUGGAAAAGCGACAUCGGGGUCCAGGAUUGGCCUCUGGUCAGCUGUACUCUUACCCUGCCCGGCGCUGGCGGAAAAAGCGGCGAGCCCACCCUCCUGAGGAUCCAAGGCUUUCUUUCCCAUCUAUUAAACCAGACACAGACCAGACCCUGAAGAAGGAGGGGCUGAUCUCUCAGGACGGCAGUAGUUUAGAGGCUCUGUUACGCACCGACCCCCUGGAGAAGCGAGGCGCCCCCGAUCCCCGAGUUGAUGAUGACAGCCUGGGCGAGUUCCCUGUAACGAACAGUCGAGCGCGGAAGCGGAUCCUAGAACCAGAUGACUUCCUGGAUGACCUUGAUGAUGAGGACUAUGAAGAAGACACUCCCAAACGUCGGGGCAAGGGGAAGUCCAAGAGUAAAGGUGUGGGCAGUGCCCGUAAGAAACUGGACGCUUCCAUCCUGGAGGAUCGGGACAAACCGUAUGCCUGUGACAAUAGUUUCAAACAAAAGCAUACCUCGAAAGCGCCCCAGAGAGUUUGUGGAAAACGUUACAAGAACCGACCAGGCCUCAGUUACCACUAUGCCCACUCCCACUUGGCUGAGGAGGAGGGCGAGGACAAAGAAGACUCACAGCCACCCACCCCAGUUUCCCAGAGGUCCGAGGAGCAGAAAUCCAAGAAGGGUCCUGAUGGAUUGGCCCUGCCCAACAACUACUGCGACUUCUGCCUGGGGGACUCCAAGAUCAACAAGAAGACAGGACAGCCCGAGGAGCUGGUGUCCUGUUCUGACUGUGGCCGCUCAGGGCAUCCGUCCUGCCUCCAGUUCACCCCCGUGAUGAUGGCAGCAGUGAAGACCUACCGCUGGCAGUGCAUCGAGUGCAAGUGCUGCAACAUCUGUGGCACCUCCGAGAAUGACGAUCAGCUGCUCUUCUGUGAUGACUGCGAUCGUGGCUACCACAUGUAUUGUCUAACCCCGUCCAUGUCUGAGCCUCCUGAAGGAAGUUGGAGCUGCCACUUGUGUCUGGACCUGUUGAAGGAAAAAGCUUCCAUCUACCAGAAUCAGAACUCCUCUUGAUGUGGCCACCCCCGACCCCUCAUACAUCUAGGGCUGUUCUCUCCUCCUUUCUGUUUUUCAUACCCACUUUCCCUUCCCCCUCUCUUUCUCAAGUCCAGAGAAGCGCAGGGUGGUCAUGCCAACCUGCCUUUGGCAGCAGCAAGCUGAGGUGGUAGCUCUGACCACCUCUGGCCCCAGGCCCUCAGGGAGAACGGAGCAGCACACUGCUCCAGGGCAUAGCUGUGGGCCCAGCUUCUCCCUGCUCUCCCUGAAGUGCAUUCACUCUGUCUGCCUUGGGCCGAGGCCCUGGUGAUCACAGGGUUCAAACCUCCGAGAAAUGAGUGGGAGAGCAGCUCACUUCUCUCAGCUCGGCCUCCACUCUGGCCCCAGGGUUUUCCCUUCCUGUGAAGGUGAGUCAGACUGGGGCCUAUGCCAGAGCAGCUGGGAGUGAGAACUGAGCAAGCUGGCAAGCAGCUGCCCAUGCCCUCGUGCUGCUUAGCCUCACCGCCUCCUUCCCCGAGUGGCUUUCUGCGGCCCUCUGUUCCUGCAACCCAGGAUCCUUUACCUGAGCCAGGACGCUCUUGGUCCUGCUCCUGACUCUACCCGGUUCCCACCGACCUGCCCCAGGGGGAGUAGCAGCCUCGCCCUGAUGUUCCUUGUGCUUGCCUGUUUCAUUCUCACAGGCCCUGGUCUCUAGUGACUGAAGCAUUCCCCACCCUUGUUAUUUUCUGUCUUCUGCCCCGCCCCCCUCCUUAUUCCCUUUGGUUUUGUGGGGAGAGGGGAAGCAUCACGGGGCCAGGCCAGAAGCUUGGGGGCCACUGGGAGAUAUUGGAUAAUGUGCCUGUUUUUUAACUCGAUGAAAAAGCCUACCUCCGAAAUCCCCUUUUUGUUCUUCCUGGACCUGGGCAUUCAGCUCCUGCCCUUAACUGAAUUGGGAGCCUCUGCCGCCUGCUCUUGUGUAUCCUGUCUCCUGGGUCGUGGGGAAGCCACCUAGACAUCUCUUUCUUCCCUCGCACACUUGGCUAGCAGCUGGUAAGGUCUUUCACACCCUGAUUCUUUAAUUUUCUGCCUGGUGACACUUUAAUAGGGGGAACUGCAUCCCAGGACAGCCUGGAAUGUCCUUCCCCUUGGCUGUGGGCAGGCCCUAAUUCACUGUCACUUUGGAGUUGAGGUGUCUUUUUUUUCUUUCUUUCCUUAGUUCCUAUAUUCUAAGCAUUAGUACAAAUAAACAUUUUUACACAGA